GAGACUAGGGGCCCAGAGUGCAGGGGACGAGGAGGGACGGCCGGGAACCAGGGCGGGGAAACGCCGGCCUCGGUGACUCACUGGGGGGUCGGAUUCCCGCCCCAGGCGGAGGAGCCCCCGGGUCCCUCGAGGGCCUGCAGUGCAGGACAGAUCAGCCGGGGCAGCUCGGCGCGGGUGGGGUCGGGGCUUCUUGGGCCCCCUCCAGCUUUAUUCACAACCUGCGGAACCCUGGCCUCCAAGUUCGGGCUCUGAGGUAAAUCUCAGGUUUGAAUACUGCCACCGCCGCGGCGGUCCGGUUUUGGCAAAGUCCUUUUCUGUCUCCAGGAACCUCAGUUUUCUCAUCUCACGACCAACCCCAGGAGUUCUCUCCAUGCAGGGUGAGAAACCAGGCUUAUAGGUUUCCGGAGCUCUGAAAAAAGCCUGUCACACAGAUGGGAGCGCGGCAGGAACAGCUAGCGGCUGACGCGGGUUUCCUGAGCGCGCCAGUGAUGCGGGACCCCACGCUCUGCGCCUUACGCAGACCGUCUGAAGGCUCCCCACUCCCUGGGAAGGCGCUUCCCUGGGUAGCCCCGUUUCACAGAUGGGAAAGCCGAGGCACAGAACGAACCGGGCCGUGCCCGGCUUCCACGCUAACUCUGUGGCUGGGUCGGGGUCUGGACUCGGCCGUUUGUGGCCCCGAGCCCGCCUCCGGAAUCCGGCGCCGGGCGCCCUAGCCUUACACGCCCGACUGGCGCCUGGGAGCCGCCCCUCGGCCCCCUCCAAGUCUCCCGGGGGUCGGGUCUCACCGUUGUCACGACAACCGGGGGACCAAUGGGAGCAGGCAGGCGGAACAGGCCCCGCCCCUCUCGGAGGGGCUCCGCGCUAUAAGGUCGGGAGGCGGAACGGCGAGAGCUGGAGCCCGCGGAGCACAGGGAGGCCACGGAGUAGCCACAGCGUUGGAGCCAGCAAAUCCCCCGAGCCACGAAGGGGCCUGAGCAGCAGCCACGAUGUGCGGAAUCUUUGCCUACAUGAACUAUAGAGUCCCCCGGACAAGGAAGGAGAUCUUUGAAACCCUCAUCAAGGGCCUGCAGCGGCUGGAGUACAGAGGCUACGACUCGGCAGGUGUGGCAAUCGAUGGGAAUAAUCAUGAAGUCAAAGAAAGACACAUUCAGCUGGUCAAGAAAAGGGGCAAAGUUAAAGCUCUUGAUGAAGAACUUUACAAACAAGACAGCAUGGACUUAAAAGUGGAGUUUGAAACGCAUUUCGGCAUUGCCCACACUCGCUGGGCCACCCACGGGGUCCCCAGUGCUGUCAACAGCCACCCCCAGCGCUCCGACAAAGGCAACGAAUUUGUUGUCAUCCACAAUGGGAUCAUCACAAAUUACAAAGAUCUGAGGAAAUUUCUGGAAAGCAAGGGCUACGAGUUUGAGUCAGAAACAGAUACAGAGACCAUCGCCAAGCUGAUUAAAUAUGUGUUCGACAACAGAGAAACUGAGGACAUUACGUUUUCAACAUUGGUUGAGAGAGUCAUUCAGCAGCUGGAAGGUGCAUUUGCAUUGGUUUUCAAGAGCAUCCACUACCCAGGAGAAGCUGUUGCCACACGGAGAGGCAGCCCCCUGCUCAUUGGAGUCCGCAGCAAAUACAAGCUCUCUACAGAACAGAUCCCCAUCUUAUACAGGACGUGCACUCUGGAGAAUGUGAAGAAUAUCUGUAAGACACGGAUGAAGAGACUGGACAGCUCCGCCUGCCUGCACGCUGUAGGUGACAAGGCCGUGGAAUUCUUCUUUGCUUCUGAUGCAAGCGCUAUCAUAGAGCACACCAACCGCGUCAUCUUCCUGGAGGAUGAUGACAUCGCUGCAGUGGCUGAUGGGAAACUCUCCAUUCACCGGGUCAAGCGCUCGGCUAGUGAUGACCCAUCUCGAGCCAUCCAGACCUUGCAGAUGGAACUGCAGCAAAUCAUGAAAGGUAACUUCAGUGCAUUUAUGCAGAAGGAGAUCUUCGAACAGCCAGAAUCCGUUUUCAAUACUAUGAGAGGUCGGGUGAAUUUUGAGACCAACACAGUGCUCCUGGGUGGCUUGAAGGACCACUUGAAGGAGAUCCGACGAUGCCGACGGCUCAUCGUGAUUGGCUGUGGAACCAGCUACCAUGCUGCUGUGGCUACGCGGCAAGUUUUGGAGGAACUGACUGAGCUCCCUGUGAUGGUUGAACUUGCUAGCGAUUUUCUGGACAGAAACACACCUGUGUUCAGGGAUGAUGUUUGCUUUUUCAUCAGCCAGUCAGGCGAGACGGCGGACACACUCUUGGCGCUGCGCUACUGCAAAGACCGCCGCGCCCUGACUGUGGGUGUUACCAACACCGUGGGCAGCUCCAUCUCCCGAGAGACCGACUGCGGCGUCCACAUCAACGCAGGGCCAGAGAUCGGUGUGGCCAGCACCAAGGCUUAUACCAGUCAGUUCAUCUCUCUGGUGAUGUUUGGUUUGAUGAUGUCUGAAGACCGAAUUUCACUACAAAACAGGAGGCAAGAGAUCAUCCGUGGCUUGAGAUCUUUACCUGAGCUGAUCAAGGAAGUGCUGUCACUGGAUGAGAAGAUCCAUGACUUAGCCCUGGAGCUCUACACGCAGAGGUCACUCCUGGUGAUGGGGCGGGGCUACAACUAUGCCACCUGCCUGGAAGGAGCCCUGAAAAUUAAAGAGAUAACCUACAUGCACUCAGAAGGCAUCCUGGCUGGGGAGCUGAAGCACGGGCCCCUGGCAUUGAUUGACAAGCAGAUGCCCGUCAUCAUGGUCAUCAUGAAGGAUCCUUGCUUUGCCAAAUGCCAGAAUGCCCUGCAGCAGGUCACGGCCCGCCAGGGUCGCCCCAUUAUAUUGUGCUCCAAGGAUGAUACUGAAAGUUCCAAGUUUGCGUAUAAGACGAUUGAGCUGCCCCACACUGUGGACUGCCUCCAGGGCAUCCUGAGCGUGAUUCCGCUGCAGCUUCUAUCCUUCCACCUGGCUGUCCUCCGAGGAUAUGACGUUGACUUUCCCAGAAAUCUGGCCAAGUCUGUAACUGUGGAAUAAGGAUGAGACUGUCACAAGACCAUCACCACCUUUAAUCUGAUUCCAGACCUGUCCCAACAGCAGUGAUGGGAAGAGAAGUGGGCAUCCAACAUGUUCUGCGUGUUCCUGUAGAGUUUGACAGCUUCCAUGUGCCUUCUACCCAAGUGCUUUUGCUUACAGCAGAUACUGUUUCUCUGUGUCCUGAAGUCGCCAGAGGAGAAGGGAAUCAUUGUUUACACAUGGGGAUCAGAGCAGACUUCUCCACUAUCGUGCAAUAGAGAUACAGCUCUCUUCAGAGUAACUGUGAACCUUUUAUAACCAACACUAGAGUUAGUUUUAAAACACAAGAUAUUUAUAAUGAUGAUUGUAUAGCUUUUAAGUUAUUUUUCUAGUAUGUGGCUUUCUGUAGCCAUGGUAAUGGCCAAACUGUUCAUCCCAGCUACCCAUGUGCUAUCUCCAGGCUUGCUCCUGGCAGGUGGCAUUCAUCUCAGAUUUGAGCACAACGCAUUGGCCCUCUGGACUCCUCUCUCCUUUACUUUCCUCUCUAGGCUGCUCCUGAAUCCUGUUCCCUGACAUCCACGAAGCCCCUCCAGCCAUCCACCUAUGCCUCUUAUAAGUCAAGUUGAAAUCUCAGCCUCUGCAACAUUUUCUUCUUGUGUGUGGCCCAGAUCUCUCCAACUCUCCAACUUCUGUUUAAUCUGAUCCUGGCUCCUUUCAAGUCCAGGCAGCAUUUUGGUCCCUGUUCCUUGCCCAUAAUAAAACAGCUUGAAAUAUCCCAUGCAAGAGAGUAGUUUCAAGUGGGCAACUCUGCUCUCUAUUUAAAAGCGUGCACAAUCAAAGUACUAUGCAAUGUUAGGACAAUAAAGAACAUACCAAUUUUU